CGAAAAGAAUUUCUACUGUGGCGCGAUAUUGUGUGGGCAAAGGUGCGCGCUGUGUUUGUUUCCUUCCCACGGAAGAUAGCGGUUCGUUAAAAUGAGUCAAGAAAAUCAAAUCACUCCUCCCCCAGUGGUGUGGGCACAGAGAAGUUCUAUUCUCUACGUAACAAUUUGCCUGGAGGAUUGCAAAGAUCCCACAAUAAAGAUCGAGCCAGAGAAAAUAUAUUUCAAGGGAACUGGGGGCACAGAGAAGAAGGACCACGAGGUGACGAUUAAUUUGUACAAAGAAAUUGAUCCUGAUAAGACUGUCCAGAAUACUAAAGGCAGACUUAUCGAGAUGAUACUUACGAAGAAAGAGGAGGGACCCUACUGGCCACGAUUGGUCAAGGAAAAUAAGAAGUAUCACUGGUUGAAGAAUGACUUCAAUAAGUGGAAGGACGAGGACGAUACUGACAAUGAGAGCGAUGAAAACCCACGUGAUUUGGAAUCGAUGAUGAAAACUAUGAGCUACCUCGGUGGUGCUGGGGCUGGUGACGCAAAACCAAAUUUCGACGACCUCGACGACAUGGCUGACGAUGCCGACGGUGCAGACAGCGAUGACGACGAAAUGCCAGACCUGGAGUGAACGAAACCACCUCGACAGACCAAAUACACUCGAUAAAUAAAAUUAAAAGCCAUAAAAAAAGCGUUUUAAAUCCUCUCAAAAACGUGUUACAACAUUUUGAAUGACAAAAAAAAAA